UAGCCUAAGCAGGCAGGGGCUGAUUUGUUAGUAAGGCAACAAGUGGAGGGAUCGGAGAGAGAAUCGAGCAGAGCCACCAGUUGAGCUGCUCGAUCUGUCCCUUUCCUUGCACCUCCGGCUCCGCUCGUGCUGCACCCCGCUCCAUCGUCGUCGCCAAACGCAGGAGGAUGAGUGAAGAGGAUCAGAGUGCUGCUGCUGAGCAGCCGAAGAGGGCCCCUAAGCUCAAUGAAAGGAUCCUUUCUUCUUUGUCGAGGAGAUCCGUAGCUGCUCAUCCGUGGCAUGAUCUUGAGAUCGGUCCUGGGGCUCCUGCUGUGUUCAAUGUCGUUGUUGAGAUCACGAAGGGAAGCAAAGUUAAAUAUGAGCUUGACAAGAAAACUGGUCUGAUUAAGGUUGAUAGAGUCCUGUACUCAUCAGUUGUAUACCCUCACAAUUAUGGUUUCAUUCCGAGGACUCUUUGUGAAGACAAUGACCCAAUGGAUGUUUUGGUCCUGAUGCAGGAGCCUGUUAUUCCUGGUUCCUUCCUCCGAGCAAGAGCAAUUGGCCUGAUGCCCAUGAUUGACCAGGGUGAAAAGGAUGACAAGAUAAUAGCAGUCUGUGCCGAUGAUCCUGAAUACCGUAACUACAGUGACAUCAGUGAGCUGUCUCCUCACCGCCUGCAAGAGAUCAAGCGCUUCUUUGAAGAUUACAAGAAAAAUGAGAACAAAGAGGUUGCUGUUGAUGCAUUCUUGCCUGCGAACACUGCUCGAGAGGCCAUUCAAUACUCCAUGGACCUGUAUGCGCAGUAUAUUUUACAAAGCUUGAGGCAGUAGAACGCCAGCAAAUAUUUAUUGUGGCGUCUUCGAUUGUGCGUGAUUAUUUCAAGUCGAAGCUUGAGAUUGUAUGCGAUAUUCAUAAUUGUGAACGACAGCACUGGCUGUGAUUUCCUUCUGCUUUCCCCAGUUUACCAACUUAAACUUCUUCCUCUAUUUAAAUAAUGAAUAAGUGAAGUUUGUCGCA